AGGGCAGAAGAGAGGCCGAGAUUAAUAUCGCCGAAGGUAUGAAAAGGUCUCGCAUUCUGGCCUCAGAAGCAAUCAAAACGGAACAAAUCAAUAGCGCUGAAGGUGAGGCGAAAGCCAUUAUAGCGCGAGCGGAGGCGAAGGCCCGCGGGAUUAAAUUGGUUGGAGAUAUGCUUAGAAGCAAUUCGGGCGAAAACGCGGCCGCACUCACUGUCGCCGAACAAUACGUCAAAGCAUUCUCACAAUUGGCCAAAACUAAUAACACUAUCAUUCUGUCCAACGAUGCCUCAGAUGUGGCCAAAAUGACAACUCAGGCAUUACAAGUGUUCCGAUCUCUCAAAUCACCUCAAAAUGAUGAGGGCUUCGAAGACAAGGGUUUCGAUGGAAACGUUAACCCAAAGAAUCCCGUCGAGUAUUACAGCGAUAUCGAGCGACACAAUGAACACAACAAAUAAAUAUCAUUUCUAAUCAAUACAUCUCUUCUAAUCAAAUAAAGUUUUUUUUAGUUAACGAUUUAAUUAUAAAUAA